AUACCCUAUAAAAUUACCCAUUCCCACCACCUAAACACCAUACGUAAGCAAAACGGCAAGAAGAAGAAGAAGAAGAAGAAGAAGAAGAAGAAAGGAAAAUGGAAAGCAGCAGUGCAGCAUAUGAGAAUGAUCUCAACUUGAAGGCAACUGAACUUAGAUUAGGGUUGCCUGGAACCACAGAUUAUGAAGAAGAAGAAACAGCAGCACUUUCCGGUGUUAGAACCAACAAACGACCAUUGCAGGAGGAUCAUAAUACUGAUGAGAAAUGCGGAGCUAAUGGCAAAUCUCCCUCCAAAGCACAAAUCGUGGGGUGGCCGCCGGUCCAGGCCUAUAGGAAGAACAACUCUCAGGCAAAGAGAACCGAGUCGGAGCCCGGGAUUUAUGUGAAAGUGAGCAUGGAUGGAGCUCCGUAUCUGAGAAAGAUUGACCUGAGGGUUUACAAGGGGUAUCCCCAGCUGUUGCAGGCUUUGGAGAACAUGUUCAGGUUCACCGUAGGUGAAUACUCUGAAAGAGAAGGCUACAAAGGAUCUGAUUACGCACCAACGUAUGAAGACAAAGAUGGAGAUUGGAUGCUUCUCGGUGAUGUUCCUUGGAAAAUGUUCAUCACAUCAUGCAAGAGACUGAGGAUUAUGAAAGGAUCAGAAGCUAGGUGAUUAGGUUGUGGUGUAUGAGAAGAUUCAGUCUUAUUAUAUAUCAACAACACAUCUAUCUCUUGAGAGAAAAAGUAGUUUGAGCUUGGGUUGUCCAAGGGGAUUGUUUGGAUCAGAUUCUCUCGGUUGCUCAGAAUUCAGAAAAAUUCAACCGGCUGCUAGGGGGGGGAAAUUACAAGGAAAAGCAAACAUGUGUAUGCAUAUUUGGUGGUUUCAUCAUAUGUAAUGUUUAUAUAACCAUUAAACCAUAAGAGCAAAAGGAUGCAUGGGGUAUCCGAGUUUCUUUUUAUA